AGGAAAGUAAAGAGAAGGUAAAAGAUAGGGCUUAAUUUUGGUUCAAUCUUUCGUUCAGUUUAAGAGGUUAUCGAGGUUAUUGAGCGGUCAAUUAGUAUUUAAUAUUUUAUGAGGCUAUGGUAAUAUUUGUUAAAUAUGCUGUUUUACUGCUUAUUUCAUUUACAUUUAAGAACUUUUGCAUCAGCAAAAAAUGUGCAGUGCAACUGUUUGUGCAUGAACUCUUCCCUGAGAUCCAUUUAGGUACUCACGUCUAGGACGAAGCGUGAGGAUGCCGAUGGCGUUCACCGUGGAGAACGUGGAGAUGGCGUUCACCGCGCAGAACUUGGAGAUGGCGUUCACCGCGGGGAACGUGGAGCAGGUGGUGACGCAGUUCUACGUCGCGGACCAGACGACGCAGGCCAACAUCCACCAGUGGCUGGUCGACGCGCAGAUGUCGCCAGAGGCCUGGCUGUUCGUGUGGGAGCUGCUGCAGCCCAACAAGGCACCAGAAGUCCAGUUUUUUGCAGCUACAACACUUCAUGCAAAAGUUGUGAAAUCGUGGCAUGAAAUUCCAGUUGAUCAGUAUGAAUCACUGAAGAGGCAGAUAUUGCAAUCUAUUUUGAAUUAUUGUAUGGGUCCAAAAAUAGUUCUGAAUAAAUUGUGUAUUGCUUUAACUGCGUACGUGUUCCAAACGCUGACAACCCACUGGCCCAGUGCCAUCCCGGAGUUGCUGGCGACCUUCCAGCCGUCCAACCUGGUGGACUUACCGCCUGCCCGCACCGUGUGGAUCUUGCUGCAGAUACUCACCGUCCUGCCGGAGGAGUUCCAGAAGUCUCAGCUGCCUCAGAAUCAUAAAAAUGUUGUCCGAAAUGAACUGCAGAAAAAUAUUCCGUUUGUGUUACCACUGGUGGAAAGCGUGUUGGCGACAAACACGUCAGGAGACGAGUUGAGUUUCGACGUGACAAAGCAGACACUGUCGUGUGCAUCAGCGUGGUUCCAGUUGGGCGUUCCUUUGCCAGACUGCGAGAGACUGGCUGAUCAUCUGAUCUCAUCGGUUUUCCGAGCACUCAGUUUACCGCCUCACCAGUCAUCCAGUUUGGUCGACUCGGCCCUCGACGCCCUCUCGAACAUGGUGACCCACCCCGACUCGCACCGGUAUCCUCGCAGUUGCAUGCAGAUGCUGUCCAAGUUGCUGCCACUCCAGCAGAUCAUUCAGCUGAAAACUGACAGGGACGACCAGGAAAUGCGAGGCAGCAUCUACAGUCUGUUCAUAUCGUUCGCCGAGAACCACUGCAGACUGCUGUUGGACACGGUACUCAUAGAAGGGGAGGCCAAGAGCAACGUCCUGCAGUUGGUACACCUGAUCCUGGACUGCAGCAACAGUCCAGGGGCCUAUCCCACGGAGGAGAACACCAGCCAGCUGGCCUUCGGAUAUUGGUACAUCUUGCAGGAUGAUAUAAUAGGCUCGGAGCCAGAGCAGCACACUCAGUACCUGUCCUUGUUCGCGCCGGUGUACUGCAGACUGGCUGAGGUUCUCCUGCACAAGUCCGUGCUACCAGACAAUGACGAUGCGUGGACGUGCGAAGAGAAGGAAGCGUUUCGCUGCUACAGGCAGGAUGCGGCAGACACGAUGCUGUACUGCUACAACAUCCUGCUGGAGCAGCUGCUGCGGCUGCUGCUGGGGAAGCUGGAGGAGGCCCUGGAGCAGCACCAGGCGGACGGCCGGCGCUGGCAGCCGCUCGAGUCGUGCCUGCACGCCUUCUUCUCGGUGGCGGAGAGCGUGCCCGUGGGCGAGGCUCGCCACCUGCCGCGCCUGCUGGCGACCCUGCAGCGCCUGCCCUUCCAGCGGCUCGACAUGCGGGUCGUGUCCACCUGCCUGGACGUCAUAGGGGCGUAUGCAGAGUGGAUCAACGCUCACCCCGAGGUCCUCAACUGCGUCAUCCCCCUGCUGGUGAUGGGCCUCGGCACGCCGCAAGUUGCCCCGGCAGCCACCAUGUCCCUCAAGGACCUCACCCGGGACUGCCAGAGCUCCAUGGCGCCGUUCGCCCACGUCAUUUUGCAGGCUGUCCAGGUAUCUCUUCGGGGCAACAGGCUGAAAGUGAAUGAAUGUGUUCGACUGAUGUACACGGUUGGCAGGCUACUUUCAGUGCGGCCAAUGGAGGAAAUAAUGAACUACCUGAACCAGAUGCUCAUGCCAUACGUGGAGGAACUAUUGGCUCUCACAACUCUUGAGGCGAACGGGGUGGUGAAAGCCGGCAUCCUGCUGCGGCUGAAGAUGCUGGGCAACUUGUUCUCGUCGCUGGACGUGAAGGCCCCGAGGGGGGGAAGCGAGUCGGAGGGGGACCAGAGCGGGCAGCCGGCCAGCUCGGGGGGCGAGACGCAGCCGGUGCUCCUGGUGCUGCAGAGGGUGCUGCCCGUGUUCAGGGCCGUCGUGGACCGGUGGGGCGAGGACGAGCAGGUUCUGGAGGCUGUGUGCAGCGGUUUGAAAAACGCAGUAUCAACGUUGCUGGAUGACAGUCUUCCACUUCUGUCAGACAUGACACACAUGCUGGUGAAGGCGUAUCACUCUCGGCCUCACACGGCUGUCCUGGACUUGGCUAGGCAGUUAAUUGUGAUGUUUGGGAAAGACAAGACACAGGCGGCAUUAAUGGAGUCACUGCUGCAAGAGAUAUGCUCAGUGACUCUUCAGAAGACCAGUCCUCCUGCUUGCGUGAAUCUGUCGGAGCAGACAGACAUAUUGGAAUACUUCUUCAACCUCCUAGCCCAGCUCCUGAAGAAAAUUCCCGAUUUUUUUGCUCUGACCAGUGGCAUCGACAGAGGAAAAGUAUUCCAGUGUAGUAUUCUAGCGUUAUCCGUCCCAGAAGCACCAACUGUGAAAGCUAGUGCAUCGUUCCUUGUCAAUUUCAUUUCUCAAAGCAGAGAGAUGCCAUCACUCUUUAGUGUUGUACAGUCCUGCGGUGAAGUUUUGACUCGCAGAAUCCUUCGAAACAUUGUGCAAGUUGUGACGGGCGGAGAGGAGCCGGCCGGUGCAGGAGGGAGGUGGCUCGUGUCGGCAGGCGGGGAGUCCCCGAGGUCCGUCCUGGAGCACCUGGCGGACGUGCUGCUGGCCUUGAACAAGAAGCACGGCGACAGCCUGAGCCGCUGGCUGCACGGCAGCCUGCUCACCGACGCAGUCCCCUUGCCGCGCGCCUCGCCGCAGCAGAAGGAGCAGUUCGUCAAGAACGUCCUCAAGGAGAGGGCGAACAAGCGCAAGCUGCAGGAGACGGUGAAGGAGUUCUCGCUGGUGUGCAGAGGUUUGAUUGGCACCGAGUACGGAGCCCAAUCGUCUCCGUUCUUCUAGGGAACCCGACUGACUGCCCUGCGCAUGGCACAUGUUAGAAAGCCCUCCACAGGAGAAUCUUUUCUGGUUAGCUUGAUCUGUUGUAGCGUGGCUGUAUUGAACCAUAAGCAUCAUGGUUUUUUUCUUCAGUCAUCGAUGUCUCAUAUGAUAGAUGAGUUAGCAGAUAUUUAUUUAUUUUUAUCCAAGGGUUACAUUUAAAUGGAGGAAUUUCAUUUUGUCAUAUCAUGACACUGAUGAAAGAUUUUACUCUUGACAAUUCUAGUAGGUUUAUUCUUGUUGUUCAACAUAUAUUUUGACCUUCAUAAUGUGAAAGUAUUUUUUUGGCUAAUACAUGUAUAUGAUGAAAUAAUUUUUAGAGAAUUUAGCAUUUAACACUAUAAUGCAACAAGGUAUUGACCAACUUACCUAUAGUAUUUACCUGUGACUGAAGAAAUAGGGUUUCCAACUUUUCCAUUUUAAAAAUUUUGAAGUUUUAGGAUUGAGAAAAUAUAUUUUACUUUCAUGUGAUGGUAAUUUUCUGUGAUACUGUACUUGUAGGAUUGUCACUAUAUAGGUCAGGAAGUUUAGGUUUGAUCCUAAUCCUGGUUAGGGAGAGAACUUUUCAGUGCAUGAUUAUAUUGUGAUGCUAAGGUAGAGUCAUCCCUAUCAUCUAGGAUCUUUAGAUUCUUUCAAAGUAGCAAUACAGAUUUAAAUUAUUUUCUAUGAAUUGACUGUCCUGAAUAAAUAUUUUGAAGUUAAUAUAUUUUGAUAAUUAUUUAUUGUUAGUGUUUUUAUAGCUACAAUUUCAAACAUGAUGCCUUUUAUUUCCAAGUUUUGUGGUGUGAAAAGUAGGGAUGGGUCGAUUCCACAUUCCUUCGAUUCCGAAUCCACAAUUUUCCUCGAUUUCAGGUUUGAUUCCAAUUGUAAUCAAUCUUUCUUUCUAAAUGAAAUUAUGGAAAUUCAAGCAAAAGGUUAACCUAAAAAAUAACAGUUAAAAAGUCUAAAUAUACAUACAUUUUCUAAAAAAAUGUACGUUUGAAAAGCUUGCAAGUAUUGCGAAAUACAUAAUUAAAACUGAUCAAAAUUCAUGAUUUUGCCUUGGUCUUUAACGGUUCUGAUUGUUGUGUUUCCAUUUAUUUACGUCCGUGAACAUUCAUAUUAAAAUUAAAACACUAACUGAUCAUAUUUUCUGUUUAUCGUGAUUAAAAUUCACAAUAGAUAUAAUAACGCAGGUUAUCGUGGUAACGACAAAAGAAACAUCAACACAAAACGUGAAAACAGUGCAUGUUGUAAAAAAAUUUUGUUUAUACAUGGGAAGCAACAUGUUGUGCACAAAAAUAAAUCUUUGGCAUUCAAUGUACAUAAUGACUUUAUUUCCACGUAAAUCCAAUUUUUAACUAACUUCUUUUAAGCGAAAAAUAUUUACAUAAGAGUAUCAAAAAUAUACUGUGAAAUUAGCUUUAGUGUACGAAAGACUGAAAAAAAAUACAACUAACAUGUUUAUGAAUAAAUCAGUUGGCUAGCCUGCAUUGAAUUAUUUACUUUAAAUUGGCGUUGUGAUUGCUCGUUGACGUUGGACGUGAAAGAUAUUAUUUGAACGAGUGGAAAGAAAAUGUUAAUGUUGUAGGUAUUUAUGAAAUAAAGGUGUUAUAUUGAAAUGAGUUACAAUGUUUUCCCUGCAAGUAUAGAAAUCUAACUUUUUUUAGUACAGUGUUAUGGAUAAAUGUAGGUGAUUGCGGUUGCGAUCUAACCUUAAAAUAAUUUACAGUUUUUUUAGUGUGUUAGUGCUAGACAAGUUGGGUAAGCACUUAUCAGCUUACUGGCUGGAAAAUACACACUUGUAGAAAGAAUCAAUUUCCAUCCAAGUUAUCAACAGUUCAUUCUAAAUAUGAUAGAUUCCUUAUAUGGUACAAUUCCUCCUUACAGCUUGAGAAUCAAUGGUUCCAAUUCCAGAUAGAAUUGGUGGAAUCGAAGCAGAAUCAGCAUACCCAUCCCUAUUAAAAAGUAUUGAUGUCAGACAAAAUCCAGCAUAUUAAGAAGCUUUGGAAUCUAUUUACACACUAUUGUGGUAAUAAUUGUAUACCUACAUAAUUGGAGGAAAAUUUAAAAUCUGAUAAACUUUAAGCUGUUUUUCUUUCAUCUGAUCAUAACAGAAUUUUGAAUGAGAUGUGUGUUUUAUCUAAGCUUCUUAAUACGUAAUUGUGUAUCAUAGGUAUUUAAAAAGUAAUCAGUAAUCACCUUGUAGUUCAUGAUAUCUUUAUGCUAUCAGCCUAUCACAUGUAGAAACUAAAUAGUGGUUUUGUAAAAUAACUGUGCAAUGUACAGUAAAAGUCUACUAAGAAGUUCCCAUUUUAAUAAGUUUUUCUAAAUAACAAGCCAAAAUAUUUAAGUUCCAUAAGAAACUUCUAAGCAGAGUUUUACUGUUUUUAAAUAGGUGACUAUCAUUCAGAAAUGUUAGUUUUGAUGUUGUAUUUUUACCUGUAAGUGUGUUGGUUAUGCCAAAUACGUCCAUGUGAACUGUGGAGGUUGUGUGUUAGAAUGAGAAGUAUUUUGUGAAUUUUCAGGGUGUUGUGCAAUGUUACUGAAAUAUGUUUGCUGUAUCUGGGCACUAUUUUGACAGUUUUGAAAGAUGCAGAAUGUGUUGUGUCAGGGCUGUAAAUUUUUUUUUUAUUCUCAAAAAAUUCCUAACUUUGCUUGUAGGAAAUAAAGAAAGUUAGAAUGUUGCACCACAGUUUAUCCUUUAGAGUGACGCUCAUUGGAAAGUGGCCACCAUCAAUGGACAAACAGCAGUCUCUUUUCACAUUUUCACAGUGUGCCGCAGGUUGGGUUAAAUUGGAAACAUGACUAUGUCCUUCUGCUACAGCUUGUGCGUUUCAUCACACUGGGAAAGGAAUAGGCAAUGGUUUGGUCUAAACCAAUGGCAGACUCUAAUUGAUUUACAAGAACGUAGCUAGCUCUUAAAGGGGUUGGAUCUAAUCAAAUCAAGGUGUCUAUAUUCUGGAAAGUCAUGGAAAAUCAGGGAAAUUGCCCAGCCUGGCAGCAUACACGCGGACGUAAAAUCUUUUGGUCCUUUACAUUCCAUAGCCGCAACUGAACUUGCCAUUGCUAAUGUUUGUACAAUAGGCGAUAGCGUAGAGAUCUGCGUGCCCAUCUCUUCCCGCUUUUUAUAGCUAACUGUAUGCUACGGUACAGCUGUUGUUUACUGAGUUGAAAAAGACUUUGUGGCGUCAGACCCAAUUUUUUUUUUGCCUGUGGCGAUUUUGUGCUGACUGAAAUUUACAGACGUGCUAUUCAAGUUUGAGGCAUUAAAAUUAACAUGGUGCUUAAUAAAUUCACACAAUUUGAAGAUGUGCUAAGUGAGAGAUUGGUGUAUACUAAAAUUUAGACGGUCAUCACAUUUAUUUUACAUACUUUAUAACAUAAGUUUUUCUGUAACUAUUUCCUGCCAAGCAAAUACUAAUGAUUGUAAAAUUGCAGAUACAAAGAGUGUAAUUUUAGCAAAAAAUAAAUUUUACAGUGAUCUAUAGCAUUUUAUACUUGUGAGCAUUACGGCUGUCAGAAUGGUGUCCUAAAUGGGAAGCAAGUAAAAACAUAAAGUGUUGUUUAAUAAUAGUUUAAGAAUGUUGAUGGAGCAUAAUAUUGAAGAUACUAAAAAUAAAUUUGUAAUAAGAUUGGAUUAGUGAUAAAUAUUGUAAUAAAUUUUUUUUCUUAAAUGAAUUUUUUUCUAGUAUGUGAAAGAAAACACUCCAAAAUUUAAAGUACAUGGUAAGUAUAAACACUGACAAUGCUUUGUUGAUUC